AUAAAUCAUUCCCAUUUUAUUUCUGAUUGAACUUUAUAAAUCAAUAAUUUGACGAGCUUCGCAUUACUCAUUCGGAUUGUGAUGCUAACGCCAUCUGUUGAAAGUGUGACGCAAUCGUUUAGAAGCAUAAAUGGCAAAAAAAAGAAAGGAUUAUCAGAAACACACUAAACGUUUAUUUCAGUUUUGAAUGUAUUGUGUCAACCUUCAUUGACCGACAACUUGGUUGCUAUGGUUAUCCAACUCGAUACAAAAUCCAUAAACAGUCUUUUUUAUAACAUGGAAAUUUUGUUUAUUUCGCGUAAUUCCCUUUCAACACUUUUCGUUUAAAUUUCGUCUACCUCCAUUGAAACGGUCAUAAAGAAAUAAAUUUCCAAAAUGCAGCGGCCAAACUUCCAAAUGAUUGAGGAGUUGCCGGAAAAGAAUUACAUGCGAUUUGUUUCGCAAUACAAAUUGGAUGAUAUGAUGGACAAACUAAAACUUUUAAACUACGAGGAGACCCUGUUGAAAGAAAUGAAAAUGAAGCCGUUGAGUCGAUACUACUUUUUGAACUCGACUAACCCCGGCGAGCAAUUUUUUAUGUUUACAUCUUUGUGUGCGUUUUGCGCACGAAAAAUGGGUAAAGACUUUGAGCAACCAGAGGAGUUUAUGGAUCCAACGCAGCUAGUUUCGAAAAUCAUGCAACUUCUACAGGAAUUGGAUAUAUCCACCGAUUUUCCAGGCAACAAACUGAUGCAAGGAGCUGGUUUCGUGUGUCAUUUCAUUUUGGAUUGCUUGGCAACACACGCACUCAAAGUGACUCGGCCGAAUUUGGGACGUCCCGAAAUCAAAACCGACGAUGACAUCAAGGCGGAAAUAGUGGAGAAUAACAAUGAGAUUAUUUUAGAAAAGGUAGAAGAGGAGCAGUAUGCCAUGUUCCAUUCGGAUGAAGACUUGGAUGAUGACGACGAUGACGAGAUUGACAUCGCUGGCCGUUUGAAUUUGCGUGAAAAUAUGAAAAUUCGCGAUUUAUCGGCGGCACAUAAAGAAGAGAAUGCCGAAAAAGGCAGUAUGCUAACCGGUGAAAUGUGGAAAAUGGAAAUGGAACGAGCGUUGCCCAGACUAAAAAUUGUCGUUAAAUCCGAUAUGAAGGACUGGCGCGCUCGAUGGGAUCAAAUGAAAGUGUGUCGCGAGAAUAUCAACUCGCUCUCAGACAACACUCAAUCGCAAUUGAAAAAGAUUCAGCACGACGUGACAUUUGCCAUGGACAAGAUUGAAAGCCGUGAAAAACAUUUGAACAAUGACCUGCGACAAAUGAUAGAGCAAUACAAAAAUAUCUCCAUCGAUCAAGCACAUCAAAUGACACAAUUGAAACAAGCACAGUCGGAAGUGGCCGAGUUUGAGAAGCUGUUCGAUCGAUUGAAUCAUGAAUAUGAAUCGAUAAAGAUGCAAAUGGAACAACGUGGACAAACAAUGUCUGACGGCAGUCCAUUGAUCAAUUUGAAGAAGGCAAUUGCUCGCAUCAAAGAAGAAAUUAUUCAAAUGAACCUGGAGAUUAGCGUAAUGCAACACUCAAUUGACCAUGAUUUUAUUAGAGAGAAUGCUCUGUUUUCACUUAUUAAAAGCUAAUGAA